GGCUCGCUGAAAGUCACGCGAGAGUGGGGCUCGUUCUCUCGCGUCGCCCCCCCCGCCCCCCACCCCCGUCACCUGGAAACCACAGGAGCCACGAGACCCCCCGACAGGUGCGAACCCGCGCACAGGCGCCAUGGAUGAUUCUGGGAUCAUCCGAAGACGGAGGCUGCAGAAGGAUCUACCUCUGCCUCGAAAAAGUAGCAGUUGCAGAACCAGUAACCGGAAAAGCCUCAUCCUGACAAGUACAUCUCCCACCCUGCCACGGCCGCACUCCCCACUGCCUGGACACAUCGGAAGCAGUCCGUUGGACAGCCCGCGCAACUUCUCGCCAAGCGGACCCGCCCACUUCUCCUUUGCUUCUUCUCGCAGGGCUGAUGGUCGUAGAUGGUCCUUGGCUUCUCUGCCUUCCUCGGGAUAUGGCACAAACACACCAAGUUCGACGUCAUCCAGCUCAUCCCAGGAGCGUCUGCACCAGCUGCCCUUCCAGCCAACCAUGGAUGAGCUGCACUUCUUGUCCAAGCACUUUGGCAGCACAGAGAGCAUCACGGACGAUGACGGGGGCCGGCGCUCGCCACACGUCCGGCCUCGCUCUCGAAGCCUCAGCCCGGGGCGCUCGCCUUCCUGCUAUGACAAUGAAAUAGUGAUGAUGAACCAUGUCUACAAGGAGCGCUUCCCCAAGGCCACCGCUCAGAUGGAGGAGAGGCUGGCAGAGUUCAUCCACAACUAUUGUCCAGAGAGUGUCCUGCCUCUGGCCGACGGGGUCCUCAGCUUCAUCCACCACCAGGUAGCCGAGCUGGCCAGGGACUGCCUGACCAAAUCACGAGAGGGCCUCAUUACCAGUGUCUACUUCUGCGAACUGCAGGAGAACCUGGAGAAGCUGCUUAAUGACGCGUACGAGCGCUCGGAGAGUUCAGAGCUCACCUUCGUAAUCGAGCUGGUCAAAAAGCUCUUCAUCAUCAUAUCUCGUCCAGCCAGGCUCCUCGAGUGUUUGGAGUUCAACCCUGAAGAGUUUUACCAUCUGCUAGAGGCAGCGGAGGAUCACGCCAAGGAGGGACAACUAAUGAAGGCAGACAUCCCUCGAUACAUCAUCAGCCAGCUGGGGCUGACCAGAGACCCUCUGGAGGAAAUCGUGAGCCUGGACAGCUACGACAGUGAGGGUCCACACACUCCAGAGACCGAUGACUCUACAGAGGGAAAAGGAAGAGCCAUUAAACCACCGAGCGAAGAAGAUUUUCAGAGCAUUAAGCUGAUCAGCAACGGAGCUUAUGGCGCCGUCUACCUGGUGCGCCACAGAGAGACUCGUCAGCGUUUCGCCAUGAAGAAGAUCAACAAGCAGAAUCUGAUCCUGCGGAACCAGAUCCAGCAGGCGUUCGUAGAGAGAGACAUCCUCACCUUCGCAGAGAACCCGUUCGUCGUCUCCAUGUUCUGCUCCUUUGAGACACGAAGGCACCUGUGCAUGGUCAUGGAAUACGUCGAGGGUGGUGAUUGUGCCACUUUGUUGAAGAACAUCGGGGCUCUGCCUGUGGAGCUGGCGAGAAUGUACUUUGCUGAGACUGUUUUAGCCCUUGAAUACCUGCACAACUACGGCAUCGUCCACAGAGACCUCAAACCUGACAAUCUGCUGAUCACCUCCAUGGGACACAUCAAGCUCACAGACUUCGGCUUAUCAAAGAUGGGUCUGAUGAGCCUCACCACCAACCUGUAUGAGGGACACAUUGAGAAGGAUGCCAGAGAGUUCCUAGAUAAGCAGGUAUGUGGUACUCCAGAGUACAUCGCUCCAGAGGUGAUUCUCCGUCAGGGCUAUGGAAAGCCAGUUGAUUGGUGGGCCAUGGGCAUCAUCCUCUAUGAGUUCCUGGUGGGCUGUGUGCCUUUCUUUGGAGACACUCCAGAGGAGCUGUUUGGACAGGUCAUCACAGAUGACAUAGUUUGGCCAGAAGGUGAUGAUGCCUUGCCUGCAGAUUCCCUGGCCCUCAUCUCUGCCCUGCUGCAGACUAACCCUCUUGUGAGGUUGGGUACAGGUGGAGCGUUUGAGGUGAAGCAGCACUCGUUCUUCACGGAGCUGGACUGGAACACUUUGCUGAGACAGAAGGCAGAGUUCAUCCCUCACCUAGAGUCAGAGGAGGACACCAGCUACUUCGACACCCGCUCGGAUCGUUACCAUCACAUCAAUACGUACGACGAGGAUGACACCAAUGACGAUGAACCUGUAGAGAUCAGACAGUUCUCUUCCUGUUCUCCUCGCUUCAGCAAGGUGUACAGCAGCAUGGAGCAUCUAUCUCAGCUGGAGCAGAAAGCGACGACCUCCGUGUCCCGUCGGGAGCACAAGGGCCCGCGGGAGGACAAGGUGACCAAGAGAGAGAGCCUGGGAAGCUUCAGCAUGAGAGACAAGAGCUGGAGGACUGGAUCCCCCGAGAUGAAGCGCUUGUCUUGUUCAGAGUCCCUCUACAUGGAGGGGGAUGCAAGCCCUCCCCUUGGUGCUCGUCGACGCUUCUCAGCACUGAUGGACACACAUCGCUUUGCCUCUCCACAAGACGGUGAGCCGGACUUCCUCUCCCGUCAGAUGCCCAUCAAGGUCCGUGGAGCCUCGCUAGAUGGGACCAGCAUCCCCUCACCGAGCCUCCUGGAGCAGAGGAGCAGUCUGAAGGAGAUCAACGGAGCAGAUAAAUCCCCAAGACAUGGAGAGACAGCGGGAGUUACCACAGCCAUCAACACUUUAUCCCCAGGUCCCGCAGCAGCCGGCCGCGACGUGAUGACUCCCCUGUACGACCCUCUAGGGCCGCGGGCCACCAACGAUCUGGUCCUCCGCAGGGCACGCCAUCAGCAUUUGUCUGGUGAGGGAGAAAAACGCAACUCCAGACCUGGAAACAAGGUCAUCAAGUCGGCUUCUGCCACGGCCCUGUCUGUCAUCAUACCAUCAGUGGAGCAGCAUGGUGGUUUCUCUCCUCUGGCCAGCCCGAUGUCUCCCCACUCUUUCUCGUCCAACCCAUCGUCCCGCGACUCUUCACCCAGCAGAGACUUCUUCCCAGCAGUCAGCGUGCUGCGCUCACCCAUCACCAUCCAUCGCUCUGGAAAGAAGUACGGCUUUACUCUCAGGGCCAUCAGGGUCUACAUCGGAGACAGUGACAUCUACAGCGUGCAUCACAUUGUCUGGCAUGUGGAGGACGGCGGCCCCGCCCAAGAAGCUGGCCUGUGUGCUGGUGACCUCAUCACCCACGUCAACGGGGAGCCUGUCCAUGGUCUGGUCCACACUGAAGUGGUUGAGCUCAUCCUCAAGAGUGGGAACAAGGUGACAGUGACAACCACACCUUUUGAAAACACUUCCAUUAAAGUGGGUCCCGCCCGCAAGGCCAGCUACAAGUGUAAGAUGGCCCGACGAAACAAGAGGACCAUGGGCAAGGAGAGCCAGGACAGUAAGAAACGUAACUCGUUGUUCCGUAAGAUCACGAAGCAGUCUAAUCUGCUGCACACCAGCCGCAGCCUGUCCUCUUUGAACCGCUCUCUGUCCUCCAGUGAGAGUCUUCCUGGCUCUCCGACUCACAGCUUGUCUGCCCGGUCCCCGACUCAAGGCUACCGCUCCACCCCUGAGCCCUCAUACCUGGGUGCUUCUUCCCAGAGCAGCUCUCCAGCUUCCAGCACCCCAAACUCCCCCGCUCCAUCUCAGCACAUGAGGCCCAGCUCUCUGCACGGCCUCUCUCCUAAACUCCACCGUCAGUAUCGCUCUGCUCGUUGUAAGUCAGCUGGUAACAUCCCCCUGUCCCCGCUUGCCCACACACCCUCCCCUACCCAGUCAUCACCGCCACCUUUGCCCGGCCACACUGUCGGGAGCUCCAACACCACACAGUCCUUCCCCGCCAAGCUCCACUCCUCGCCUCCGGUGGUUCGCCCCAGGCCCAAGAGUGCCGAACCCCCUCGAUCACCUCUCCUCAAACGGGUGCAGUCAGCAGAGAAGCUGGGCUCGCCCCUGACCCAGUCCAGUUCUACAGGAGGGCUGGGGGGUCCGCUGAGGAAGCACAGCCUGGAGGUGCAGCACUCUGAGUACCGUAAGGACGCCUUCCUCUGUGAGCUCGGCCUCCAGAGCCUGCUGGAGACAGAAGGGGAAAACCUGCCUCCUAAUCCUCCUCCCCUGCCUUCAUCCUCAACCACCCCAGAGACCGGGGUCCUGAAGCCUGUGAGGAGACUCGGGAGACAAGAGUCACCCCUCAGUAGGGAAACGCUGCUGGCCGGGAGAGAGAGGGAAGAAAGGGAGAGAGGGAGGGAGAGGUCGAAAGAAAGGGAGAUUGAUACCGCAGCAGUUCUGGAGAGAUUGGGUCGAGUUGGAGCGACAGUAUCUCAGUCAUCCUUAACAAGAAAACCUCAUACAGGUGAGCUGCCCCUGGGCUCGCAGGCUGGUCCAAGCUCCAGACUGGGUGCAGACACCCCGAAAGCAACAACUCCUAGCACCCCUACCAAAACAACAGGAAGUCUAGGUGGUCAUAUGGGGCCUGAAAAGAGUCUGAUUCCAAAACCGCAGGACCACAGGGAAGCCAAAGAUGUGUCAUCUCAUAGUAAAGAUCCCCGGGAGCAGCUAGGGAUCAGAACUGAACCAAAGCAGGAUGUUAGCAACAAGUGUCGGCCUGGUUUACCUGGUAUCUUCACCAAGAACUCUGCUUCUGCUCCGGAUAAACCCAUCAGCAUCGGUGCAACAGUGACAGCAGGUCCUCUCAGCAUGAAUAAAACCUUUAAACCUUCAGGUAUGGGGGACAGCCUGCGAAAGGCUGGAGCUGAGAGCAGUGACUCAAGGACUCCAGACCUCGGCUCCAAGAGCCCCAAACUCCCAGCUCGCAUUCUUGCACCGGUCGUCCCCCCACAUGGGCAGCCGCUCUCGCUGGGCAAGGUGAGGCAGGGGCUCGGGCCGGUCAACUGUUAUCGGGGAACCCUAGACUGGGAGGACAAAUGUCGACUGGAGGUGGUGGAGGAGCAUUCACCUUCUCCCUCUCCCUCCCCGACUGCUGUCACCCCCUCCCUCUGUGGACCUUCCCUCUGUAAGUCACGGCCUGUCUCCCCUGGUGAAAAGACGAGCUUCGUGAGCCAGCUGACCACCGUGGCCAAAAACGUCCUUGGGCCAAUCAAGCUUGGCUCCCAGGAGGGGGCCAAGAGCAAAGACCAGCAGACUAAGGCAGUGGAGGAGAAGCAGGGAGGCACAGCAGGAAGGUCUGACACUUCUGCUGGAGGUCGUGGGGUUGUUGGGACUGCAGUGGUGACACAAAGUCCUGCUGGGUCACCGUUAGAGAAGGCUGCAACAGGUGGCAUCCCACCCAAAAUGUGACCCCAUGGGGUCCCUAAAUGGGAUGUUAGUAGAAAAAGAAGAUGCCUUUUUUGGAAGAACAAUGCAACAGGAGUCAAGCACUUACAAACAAUGUACAUUCCAGUUUCAGAGUAUAUGAAAUGUUAUUUAUUGAUUCCAAUCAUUGACUGAUUCUAACUUAAAAGCAGGAGUAAAAUAAUCUACUGUAAAGGUGCAUUAUCUGUUGAUUUUCUAUUAUAAAGUAUUUAAUAAGAAGACUCUUAAUGUAAUGUGGAACACUUUAUCAGAUGUAUAUGUGUGUGGGUCUCCGUGAACGCAUGUCAUAUGGUAUGUACUGUACAUGUAUUAUAGGUACAAGAAGGUCAAAAAGUGCUUUACCGAUCAAAACAUGCUGAAUACUGUGAAUACCAAAUCCAGUCACUCUAUUUUGUCUUUCAACCAGCCCUUUCUUCUUUUACUGCUUAACAACGUGACAAUGAAUCAGGGGGAUGGACACUGUAAUAUUUGCGUCAAACAACAUGAAUGGCAUGCAGUCUCAGUUUAGGGAGAGCGACAAGAUGAUUAAGCUCAUUUUGGUCUUCAUGCAGCAGUUUGCUGUGCUGAUAUGCGCAGUCAGACAAAGCCAAAGCAGGCAUUCUGUCAGUGGAUGUCACAUCAGACACUGUUUGGCUCUGUCUGUCGCAGGGGAUUGUGUGUGUGUGUGUGUGUGUGUGUGUGAAGCCACCUUGGGUCUAUUUCUGGUGGUUCUUGAAGGCUAUGUCCUGCUGCAGAAGAAAGCAGGGUUGACAGAGCUCAGGCUCAGCGCUUAUCUCCCCUUCGCAGGAGGGCUACCACAGCCCUUUUCUCCUUCCGACUGCAGCCUCCACACAAACACACCCGUACGCACCCUCACAUUGCCACGGGAGGCAGCAGUGUCAGCAGCUGAUUUUCAUGCAUUUAAAUCCACACCCCUGUGGUCCAUGGAUGUGUUUGUGAGUGAGCGAGUUAAGAAAUGUGGAGUGAUUACACUCGGCACAGUUGACUCUGCAAGGGUCACGACGGGAACCAAACUGGAAAUGAACAGAAGCAGUCUGGCGCCGGUAACAGUCCUCAGCGCUCUGAUACUUUAUAAAAAAGUCACACAGGCACAGAGAUGAUUGCUUACAUGAAAGUAGUGUGUAAAAAAAUAACUAUAAGCACAUAUACAGUGAACCCAUGUGUUGUUUUGAGCCAAAACAAGAGAAGCAGGCAGUCAUGGAUGUAGCAUACUGUAAUUUGUUAAAGGGCUCUAUAGUUAGGGUUUGUAGGGUUUGUGGAUAUGGACAUGGUACAGUAUAUCACAAUGAACCUGUUACUGUAAAAACAGUGUCAUCAAAAUGAUUGUUGUUACAGUACAAGCUAGGUAGUCAAGACUGAUUAAAGAAAAGCUCACAUUUUGCUAUGUAACAUACUGAUAAAGGUGUUUGAAUCUAUCAUCUCAGCAACGUCCUGACAAGGACGAACAGGAAAACAACUUUCUUUCCCACCCAAUGGUCGUACUCAUCCUCAAUAGUUCAUUCUUAAUAUUGUACAUAAUCUUAUGCAAACCACUGACAGCUGUGUGUGAUGACUGCUGUCGCUAAUACUGCAACAAGUUGAUUUACUGAGUCCGGGCAGAAAGUAGGGUUUAAACAGUUUAAUCCAGCUUUGAUCUGAUUAAGCUUUCAAAGCUCCACAAAUGUAAACUGAUUCAGUCAACAACAGCAACCGCACAACAAGCCUGAAUUUCAGCAUCUGACAUUUAUUUUCUAGUCCAGACAUUCGUCCCAAACUAACUAGUUUUAACUUGCUAAAUGUUCAAGUUUGCUCUCCAGCGUUUGCUGUCAGCUAUUUUGCGCGAGGCACAGCAUUCUUUUGGUUUUACCUGUGAAAAACAACAAGCUGGAUGAAGCAAAACAACUAUAUAGUGCUACAAAGUUGAAAGUUCCAUGCGUAGUAUUGACAAUAUACAAUCUUUUUACAUAACCCGUCGUUAAGGGUGCAAUAUGUAAAAGUUGAAUAAACUGUCAAUAGAAUGUGAAUAAAUGAACAGUUUUGACCUCAUGACCUCAUGUGUUACAGAGAUAUCUACUGAAGUUAGUAUGCUAACCAGCAAGCCCUGCCCCCUCCUGGUCCAAAGCUCCCUAACACUGCCCCAGUGCUCCAAGCUCCAUGUCCGGACUGCUAGCUUCCCAGCUAACUGAGCUAACUAGCUAGCCACUGCUACAGUGUGUGGCAGUUGGUGGUUACUCUGCUAAUAUGCUGCCCCCUGUUUGUUAUGAGCAUGAAUUCAACAGCUGGUCAAUUCUUACAUAUUGCACCUUUUAGGAGUCAGUUGCAUUACAAUGUACGGGUCUACCUAAAGACCAGUGAGUCUAUAUUGAUUGUAAUCCAUCCUCAAAUCUAACAAUGUUUAAGGGUCUAACAAGGAUUUUAAAAUCCCCAUGCAGCACAUGCAAAUUUGACAUUGUACUCUACUGCCCUCCAGUGGUUCAAAAUAUCCACAGUUAAUGGUCAUUUCCAACCCUUUAGUGUAAGAGUUUCUGUCAGGAAGCCCAGACCACCAAAAUACAAUGGAUGCUAUCAGCCAUACAUGGGGUUACUGAAUAUGCAUUUAUGUUUCUAAUGACAAACUAUUCGCAGUGAUUAUCAAAUGAACACUUGAAACAUGACUUUAUUCCUAUUCUGUUGUUGUGUUCUUCACGUGACUGUUAAUUAUAUCUUCUGGGAUAGGGAUUAACAUUUUUGAAAUACACUGUCUUAUAUAUUCUAUUGAUAGGAGGGAAGUUAUUUUAUAUCUUGAUGUAAUAAAGGAGUCAUCAGGUCAGCUCUGAUCACCUGUAAAGAAAAAGCUAACUGUAAUGUAAUCUUAUACAGCUGUUCUGCCCACUUUCAGGCCUUUUCCCAAUCAGUGGUGUCUAUACUAGUGUUACAUGUCUGAGAAUCUCUUUUUUUCUUUUUGUGAUUCAAAGAGAGAGUAGUAUGCACUUUAUUUGGGAAAAGAAAACCUUCAUUUUGCUGGUAUUGUUUGUAAGUUAAUUUGAAGAAAAAGUAAAUAUACUGUAUACAAAUAUGGAUUCUACAAAUGAACACAAAAGUCCAAGUAUAAAAAACAUUCCACAUUUCUCUGUUCACUGAACGUGUAUUUAUUUGUACCAUGGGGCAUUUUUGUUUGUGAUAGAUGUGAUUCAAAUGCAGACACCUGAAGUGCAGUAUGUGGAAUAAAACUCUGAUAUUUGUUCCAAAACUAA